CUUUCUCUCUCUUUCUUUCUUCCUUUCUCUGUCAACUGUCCAAUAAUUCAAAUCAAAUCCCUCCAACGGCUCUUUCCAAUCUCCAUCUUCUUUCUUCUUUCUUCUUACCUCUCUUUCCUAUCGUUCGCUCCCUCUGUCUUCGUUCCUCUCCCAAACAAUGAAGCACUUCAUGCUCCCAAGAAACCCUAGCUUCAGGGAGCCCGAUCUCCCUUCUUCCUCAACCCCUACUAAGCCCCGUCCCUCUCGCAAGCACAAACCCUCCAAAGAAAACGACCCUCCCUCCGAUCCUAAUCUUCUCGCUCCUUCCCCUUCCCCUUCCAAAUUGAAGAGUCCCCUCCCUCCGAGGCCUCCCUCUUCCAACCCUCUCAAGCGCAAGCUCGCCGUCGAUGCACUCUCCGAUGCUUCUCUCUCCGCACCCUCCGAUUCCGGCGUCAAGGUUAUCGUGAGGAUGAGGCCGCUGAACGCGGACAAGGACGACGGAGAUCCCACUGUUCAGAAGGUUUCGCAUGACUCGCUGUCGAUUAAUGGCCAUAAUUUCACCUUCGAUUCCGUUGCUGACACGGCCGCUACUCAGGCAUG